AUGACUUCAUCCGCAGUUGCUAGCUCGAUAGUCACAACAGGUGCCCGGCUUCCACCUUUGCCAACAAUACGCGAUUUGGUCCGUCUCUACAAGCUUCGGGCAAUUAAACAGCUUUCGCAGAAUUUUCUUAUGGAUGAACGAUUGACGAACAAGAUUGUACGCGCCGCAGGAAAUAUAUCCGAUAGCCACGUACUUGAGGUUGGACCAGGUCCCGGUGGAAUUACUAGAUCUAUUAUAAAAAAAUGUCCUCGUCAUCUGGUUGUAGUUGAGAAAGACAGACGUUUUCUGCCAACACUUGAACUAUUAUCGGAAGCUUCCAGUAGUUCAUUGCGGAUGGAUAUCGUUCGCGGAGAUAUACUGGAGUAUCGAACAGAAAAUGCAUUUCCUGACUGUCCUAGAUAUGACUGGCAUGAUAAACGGGCACCGGUUCACCUUAUCGGUAAUUUGCCGUUUGCUAUUUCUACUCGUCUACUUAUCAACUGGCUCCGAGACAUUAGUUUGAAAAUGGGUGCUUGGUCAUACGGAAGAGCAAGCCUUACGCUUACGUUUCAAAAAGAAGUUGCCGAGCGUAUAGUGGCGCCGAUUUUAGCUGAAAAUAGGUGUCGGCUUUCUGUUAUGAACCAAAUCUGGAGUCGAGCUGAACUUAAAUUUAUGAUUCCGGGAAAAGCAUUCGUUCCAAAACCAGACGUUGACGUUGGUGUUGUUUCCAUUAUUCCGCUUAAAACUCCGUUAACCUCCAUACAUUUUGAUGUCGUCGAGAAAGUUGUUCGUCACAUUUUUUCAAUGAGACAAAAAUAUUGCCGACGAGGCGUUGCCAAUCUGUAUCCACCGCCAUUACGGGAGGAACUGACGAACCUUACGUUCCGCUUAGCAGACGUCGAUCCGUUGGCACGUUCAUUUCAGCUUUCCACGGAAGAAUGCUUGAGAAUUGCUGGGGCAUACGAGAAGCUGGUGCGAUCCAACCCGGAAAUCGAGUACUAUAACUAUCGAGCUCAAAAAAAUAAAGAUGAAGAUUUGUAACAAUCCUUAUUAAUCGUCUAUAAAUAAUUAGUUUCAUUUACAUAAA